AUGUCAAGGCAGCGCCGACAGAGCAGUGCCAAUUCCGGGCUUCUGCCGGUGCCUGAUCCUAAAAUGGACCUGGAACACGUGCUCAAAUUGCUACCGGAGAAGCACGCUCAAGCUAUUCGCUCUUUCCGUGCAUCGAUCCCUAAACUCCGGUCGCAAGACAAACGGCGUCAUUGUGAGGCAAUCCGGGACAACCUCACAAAUUCUACUUCAGAGAUAGAACUGGUCUCAGCCUGUUACGAUGUCCUCUUCCGAGAACAUCUCACGGCGGAAGCAUGCUCUGAUGCGGAUUGGGUCGCGUUCAAACGUAUUUCUAGCGCUGGCCACGAGCGCCUCGUGGCCACGACCACUGUGAGCAAGAUUUGGGGCGACGACUUCGUACGCCACUAUAAAUUUCUUUCGAGACCACUCAUAUACUGCAAUACGCUCCGUGUAGCUGCGAGAACCGUCCGGCAACGGGAGGCGGCGGUAGUUAUAUUGAACCGCUGCAUCUACCACAGAGCUCGAGCAACGGAUGGACGAAUACCCGAGGUGAGAGACGACAUUAAUCCGAUUGAGAACUGGGAUUUGGUAAAACUCAAGAAAGGCACACCUCCAAAUGUUGAUAUCGCGCCAUUGGAAGGUUUUGGUUGGGACAAAUUCGGGCUCCUUGUGCGCAAAGGUUGGGCUGUCGAACAGGUGGCGGACCAUCAACAUUCGUCAUUCGCCUCAGUAUCAGUGGGACCCUCAAGACCUGAAGCAACUGGCGGCCGCGAAACUCCACUCCACGUCUCACCGUCGUUGCCAGCGCCUUCAGACACAUACUCCUAUGAAGAACGUCAGACCUUGCAAAGGCAUAUAGCCGGCAACGCGCUAACCCUCCUGUCGUCGUUACCGUUCGCGAGCAGCGCGGAAAGAGACAAAGGCUCGGGUUUGCAAAUUCCGAAGGUUAUCGCUGGAUAUUACAGAAAACCCCUCCCAACAACGUCUCUGGCAUCAACUAGGGCGAAGACCGGCUGUAUCUCGCCUCAGCCCCGACUCUGCAACUCAUCGGCAGCUGACAGGACAGGAGCUUCAGCGCCAUCUUCCGAAGUUCCAUCGUUACGAAAUGUUUCCACUACCGAGGUCUCGCCAUCAGCUCUAUCUUCGUCCUUGCAGACGCAACAUUCUCCAGUAGAGCCCGAUUCCCACAGACCUCCAUCUUCGUCAGUAUGGAUGGAAAACACAUCUAAGUCACUUCCUCCAUUGCCCUUGCAGCUGUCCUUGCAGACUGCUCCUUCACCAACCGCCCCUGUGGCUAGGCGGUUACCUUCCGGGAGCUCGGUAGGGAGGGCGAAAACACGGAAAAGAUCAGGACGCGACCUUUCGAGACAGGCGAAGAGGCUGUGCUCCCACUACACCGGGCUCGAUUCGAUUACGCAGGACGAUGAUCUUGCAAUCUAUCUUGUCGAAACGUUCACACGGAUGACUCAGCAGGGAAUUCCAUUUGAGAUGCUUUCUCGAGCAGUUCAAAAAGCUCUGCAGCACUGUAAGCAGGCCACACAGCCUGAUCCCGUCAAUUUUGCAGCAUCAGAGCCGGAUAAGACCUGUCAGAAAACCCGCUCGGUUAUUGCCGAACCAACUAUCACUGUUCCGCAUGCUGCUGCUUCGAGCGUUAUUAUCACCAACCAGCCAGCGGCCUCUCUCACCGCCCCUAUCCAUGCUGAACAGUCACGAAGUUCACCAGCCACCCCUGCUUGCAAUCGCCAGCCGUCAUGUCCACAAGCGGAGGGCCUAGGAUCACAAACCCAUUCACCAAACGUCCCUAGCUACUCGAGGGAAGUGGCUUUGGCAUACAUGCGUGCCGAUUCUUUCGGACCUCAGUUUCACUUUCCCACAUGGAACACUGUUCCAGACACGGCACUCUCAGUCACCUAUGCAAUAGACGGGAACAUUGCAGGGCUCAAAACGUUAUUCGAAAACAGACUAGCGUCUCCCAAGGAUGUCAGCAGCACAAGAGGCUUCAGUCUAAUAAGAUGGGCACUUUACGGAGGGCUACACCAGCAUGAAACAAUCAAGUUCUUAUUAAGCCAAGGGGCUGUCAUAGAUGACGAGUCAUACGAUCACGUGUGGGACUUUUCCUUCCGCCGUAAAUGCAGCUACGAGGACCUGCAUCAGCUUUCGUGCAUCAGGCUGAGCGGGGAAAGGGACUGGAUCGAUGACCAAGACUUCCCCCUUCCCCACAAUAUUAUAUUCGGCCUCUCUGGGACGAGACUCAAGGACGAGCUCGAGAGGAAUCCAAAAGCUUCCAAGAUGAAAGAUGCCCAGGGACGCACCGCGCUGGAUUGGGCCACCGCUCGAGGUCAACUGGAUGAUAUGAGGAUUCUGAUCAGCCAUGGUUCCGAAGUAAACUCAAUGGAUGCUGCUGGACGUACGACGGUUCUACAUGCAGUGGACAGCCACAACAUGGAGGCCCUCAAGAUUCUCCUCGAAGCUGGUGCGAAUCCUAACCCGCAGAUGCCAGGUCGUCUGGCUCGAAGCAGCCCACUUACGUCGGCCAGCUUUGGCGGCCUGGCGGCCAUGGUGAAGCUUCUUCUUGAUUACGGUGCCGAGGUCAACACGUGUAAUCCCGAAGGUCGCUCACCGCUCACCACUGCGAUGCUCAAACAUAAUCACGUGGUGUUCAAAGCCCUCGCCGACUGGAACACCAACAUGCCGACUGGCCACGUGCAGCCUCCGCUCCUUUCAGAAAUAGCUAAGCACGCGGAUGUUGACACGAUGUCCAUUGUCGCAUCAUCAUCUCUAUCUCAGUAUCUCGACGUUGACGACCUGACCGCCAGUCGUGAGGCUUUGUGCCGGCGAGAAGACUACGACACAUCGCUGUUGGACGCGUUCCAGUCCAUGCUCCCCAAUACGUAG